AACCAAACCCAACCAAACACACCUUUCAAUACAAUUACAAAAAUAAAAUAAAAAUAAAAAAACCAAAAACCUCUGUUUUUCUUCAAAGAAAGCAAAAAAGGAAAUGGAUGGUUUGAUUCCAUUGUUCUACAGAGCGAUGAAGAAAAAUAGAAGGAGAAGGCAGUAUACAGUGCUUUCCACAAAAGCAGAAUCAGAAGCAGAAACGGAAGCAGCUUCUUUAUCUUUCAACAUUGCUGAUUUCUAUGUGGAUCCCCCUUCAAUCAAAUCUGAGGGCAGGGCUUACCGGAGAUACAACUCAUACGCCGGAUCUACCACUCAGGAGUGGCGGAGGAGUGGCGUAGCCGCCGGGAAGUCAAGUAGUCAUGGGCCACCACCGGAACAACAGCUUGUGAGGUUCAGAAGCCAGAGGAUUCUGUCGUGCUUGACUGGCCAUUAAAAUUUGUAAGGGCUUAUUCUUCCAAACUUAAGAUUAAUGGAUGUGUACAGCAUAAUUAUUAUUCAUCUUCAAACCAUACUUGAUGUUGAUACUCUUCAAAGCUUCUGCUUUAAUUCAAAUUUUGUGCUUUUCUUUUUGGUUGUUGUUAUGUAUUGCAAAGUUGGUCAAAUGGAGAUUGGUGGACAAAGUUAUGUUAUUUGACUUCUUGUGAUUCAUGAGCUGUAAUGAGAAAUAAUCAAAUAAAUCAACAACCCAUUACUCUACUUUUGUUUUA